GUGACUUCAGCCAAUUCCUCCUCUCCUCUACGAGUCUGUGGAAACAGGAAUCUACUCUCCACUGCCUGACACAGCUGAAGUUUUCUGAACUUAGAAGGUUUUUUCCCUGUAACUCCCUCAGACCAGCCAAGAUGCCAGAGAACGCAGAGGCCGUUUCAGCCACUCUAACCACCAACAGGAACUGUACUAUAGAGAUCACCAAUGUCACCACCGGGUACUGUCUCAUCAACCCCAAGGUGUAUAUGUCCAGUGGCUACUGCUACCAUCCACCCCAGCCCACAGUCCGCACCACCAAGACAGAGGUGUGCUCCUUCACCAAGGAUGACGACACAGCCACGGGCGCAGUGGGGGUCCUGACCUACGACCUUUUCCACAUGCAGAGCCGUGUGUGCUCAGAACGCAUGGCCAUCAUGUUCUCCGUGCCCUAUGACUACAACUUCUACAAGAACUGGCUGGGGGUGGGCGUCUUCGAGGUGGCACGCGCCUGCGACAAGCAACUGUACAACCACAUGUACAAUGAGAAGGACUUCAGCAAGUUUGCCCGAUCAGAGGCCCGUGGGUCAGGGGUGGAGUACAAGGCCCAACACGUAGACCUGAGGGCCACCAUGUCCAAUGUUGGGAAGUCCAUCAUUAAGGUGGAGCUCUAUGAUAAAAUGGGGCACUAAUAAGGGAAAACAAGCCAUUUUACCAACUCACAGCAGGGAAAGAGUUUAUAUUGAUACAUAACCAUGUACUAAAUAUAAUAAUGAAUGAAUCAACCAACUGAGGUGGUUUAUGUUAUCCAAUUAAUGAACUUUAUCAACUGGAAGAUAUUGCUGUCUAAUUGUUCACAACACUCGAUUCAGUGUAUUUUUCUGCACCUGUACAUGUUUGUUUUAUUAAAACAUUUAACAAUGAAUUGGUGUAAGAUGUUUUGGUGAUAACCUUUAACAUGUACUUACACACUAACUCACCCGAUCUACUGUAACAGUUUCAUGUAUCAUUAAUAAUUACCAUUAAGAAUAAAUGGUUAUACAUUG